AUGGAGCCGCCGAAGGUGGAAAAGUUCAGCUCCGCCAACAGGGGAAAUGGGCUGCGCGCCUUGGUGCAGCUGCGCCCCGGAGAGCUGCUCUUCCGCUCAGAUCCCUUAGCGUACACGGUGUGCAAGGGGAGUCGUGGCGUCGUCUGCGACCGCUGCCUCCUCGGGAAGGAAAAACUGAUGCGAUGCUCUCAAUGCCGAGUUGCCAAAUACUGCAGUGCCAAGUGCCAGAAAAAAGCUUGGCAAGACCACAAGCGGGAAUGCAAAUGUCUUAAAAGCUGCAAACCCAGGUAUCCCCCGGAUUCCGUUCGACUUCUUGGCAGAGUUGUUUUCAAACUUAUGGAAGAAACACCCUCUGAAUCGGAGAAACUUUAUUCAUUUUAUGAUCUGGAGUCAAAUAUUAACAAACUGACCGAAGAUAAGAAAGAGGGCCUCAGGCAACUUGUAAUGACAUUUCAACAUUUCAUGAGAGAAGAAAUACAGGAUGCUUCUCAGCUGCCACCUUCCUUUGACAUUUUUGAAGCUUUUGCAAAAGUGAUCUGCAACUCCUUCACCGUCUGUAAUGCAGAGAUGCAGGAAGUUGGCGUUGGCCUAUAUCCGAGUAUGUCUUUGCUCAAUCACAGCUGUGACCCCAACUGCUCCAUCGUGUUCAACGGGCCCCACCUCUUGCUGCGAGCGGUCCGCGACAUCGAGGCGGGAGAGGAGCUCACCAUCUGCUACCUGGACAUGCUGAUGACCAGCGAGGAGCGCCGGAAGCAGCUGAGGGACCAGUACUGUUUUGAAUGUGACUGUAUUCGAUGCCAAACCCAAGACAAGGAUGCUGACAUGCUUACUGGUGAUGAGCAAGUAUGGAAGGAAGUUCAAGAAUCGCUGAAAAAAAUUGAGGAACUGAAGGCACAUUGGAAGUGGGAGCAGGUUCUGGCCAUGUGCCAGGCGAUCAUCAGCAGCAACUCGGAACGGCUUCCCGAUAUCAACAUCUACCAGCUGAAGGUGCUCGACUGCGCCAUGGACGCCUGCAUCAACCUGGGUCUGCUGGAGGAGGCCUUGUUCUACGGAAUUCGGACCAUGGAGCCAUACAGGAUCUUCUUCCCAGGAAGCCACCCGGUCAGAGGCGUGCAGGUCAUGAAGGUCGGCAAGCUGCAGCUGCACCAGGGCAUGUUCCCGCAGGCCAUGAAGAACCUGAGGCUGGCUUUUGACAUUAUGAGAGUGACACACGGCAGAGAGCACAGCCUGAUUGAAGACUUGAUCCUCCUCUUAGAAGAAUGUGACGCCCACAUAAGAGCAUCCUAA